AUGGACGACCCUCAGUUGAACGACCGUCAAUCCAACGCCCUGAGGAUUGUCCUUGUAGGGAAAACAGGAAGUGGUAAAAGUGCCACAGCCAACACCAUUCUUGGGGAAAACAGAUUUAUUUCACAACUGUCUUCUGCCUCUGUAACAAAAAAAUGCCGGAAAGAGUUUGGGAAAUGGAAGGAGAGGACUAUCCUCGUCGUGGACACGCCGGGGAUCUUUGACACCAAGGAGAAGGUGGACACCACCUGCAAGGAGAUCAGCAAGUGUGUCCUCUACUCCUCCCCGGGCCCUCACGCCAUCAUCCUGGUGCUGCAGCUGAACCGCUACACAGAGGAAGAUCAGAAAGUCUGCGCUAUGGUCAAGACUCUCUUUGGGGAGUCAGUCACCAGACACAUGAUCAUCGUGUUUACUCGGAAAGAAGACCUGGAGGGCAAAAGUCUAUGUGACUUCAUAGAAGCUGACGUGAGCCUAAAAAACAUGGUCAAGGAGUGUGGGAACCGCUGCUGUGCCUUCAGCAAUAGAGCAAAGGAGGAUGAGAAGGAAGCUCAGGUGCAGGAGCUGAUCCAGCUGAUAGAGAAAAUGAUGCACAACAACGCCCACUUCACUGAUAACAUAUAUGAGGAUGUAGAGAAAAGGCUAAGACAGAAGACUAAGGCCUUGAUCAAAAUUUUUGAUAGUCAGUUGGAAAAGGAAAUUCAACUAAUAGAAGAAGAAUAUGUCACUAAGACACAGGGAGAAAAGGAGGAAAGAAUAGAAUUGCUGAAACAGCAACAUGCUGCUCGAAUAAGAAAUAUAAGGGAAGAAGCUGAAAAGAACACAUUUGAGGAGGUUCUCAACAUAAUUAGAAAUUUCUUUUCAAAAUUAUUGUCUCCUUUUUGGAAGUAA